GUUUUAGCGGGUGUUGCCCUAACAAUGUCACAAAAUAACACAUCAAAAACGAAAAAUUACCUCGACGAUGCCACUACAGUAUUCUCCUUGGAAUUGUUUUAUGAGAUUGUCUUAGACAAACCUGGUCAGAGUGUAGUCAUGUCUGGAUACUCAGUCAUGGCGCCUCUGGCGCAGCUGGCAUUCGCCUCCGUUGGAGCAUCCCAUGAUGAAAUUCUCAAAGUUAUGGGUCUGCCCAACGACACUGUUACAAAAGACGUGUUUUUGUAUGCAAAACAAGUGUUAAAAUCAAGACCAGGAGUCGAGCUGGAGACAGCAAACAGUAUCUACAUACCUGAAGGAUACGAAUUAAAUGAGGAAUUCAACUCUGUUAGUAAAAAUGUAUUCAAUUCAGACGUGAAACAAGUCAACUUCACUAAUAAUCUUGAAGCUGCCGUUAAGAUCAAUAGCUGGGUGCAAAAUCACACCAAUAAUCGCGUUACACAUUUGAUAGAUUCGAAGAGCUUAGAUUCCAACACCCGCGCGGUAAUUGUGAAUGCCAUCUAUUUCAAGUGCAACUGGACGGAUAGCAAGAAAUUCGAUCCAUCUUUGACGAAAGUACGUGAUUUCCAUGUUACAAGUAACAAGACAGUGAAAGUUCCCACCAUGUUCAAGAGCAGCAAGUACUGGUACGAAGAAGAUAAAGAGAUAGACUCCAAGAUUUUAAAAAUUCCCUAUGUGGACGAAAAAAUGUACUUUUUAAUUAUACUGCCAAAUAAAGUUGAUGGAGUCACAGCUCUCGCUCACGAGCAAGUGUUCAAGAAAUCAGGCAAACUGAAGAAAAAUCUACAAAAUAUGAUUGAGACUGAAGUCGAUCUAUAUCUUCCCAAGUUCAAAUUUGAAAACUUUCUCCAUGUGAAGGAAUAUCUUCAAACGUUGGGUGUUACGAGCAUCUUUGACCAGAAUAAGGCUAAGCUAGUAAAUCUUGUUAAAAAUAAUGGCAGUGACCUUUUCAUCUCCAAUAUUUUCCAAAAAGCCGUCUUUUCGGUUAGUGAAGAGGGAUCUGAGGCUGCCGCUGCUACCGGUGUCACUGGUAUGGGAUCAAGUUUGUACCCAGUGAAAAAACAAGCAUUUGUAGCCGACCAUCCUUUCUUCUUCUUGAUAGUAGAUGGUGACAGGACAUUAUUCAACGGAGUCUAUUAUGGAGAGGUAUAG